AAUAAACCCACCACGUUAAGCUUUCUUUCUUCCUCUACACACACAAGACACACUCUCUCUCACAUAAACAAAUAGUUCAACUGCUAUAGUCUGUGUAACCGUGUGUUUUUGAAGCCACAAGAAAAAAACCUUACAAACAAAGAAGUAGAACACCCCUUUUCAGAGAAGAACCAAGUAGGCAUGGAGGACAGUGCCACCAAUGUGGCCCGUGCCAUUGUUGCAUCCCUCGACUGGGCUUCUACCCCUGAUGCUCGCAACGCCGCUUUUUCUUACUUAGAUUCUAUUAAAACAGGAGAUGUACGGGUUUUGGCAAGCACAUCAUUCCAUCUAGUCAGAAAGGACUGGUCUUUAGUAAUUCGGAUGCAUGCGUUUAAAAUGUUGCAGCAUCUGGUACGACUGCGGUGGGAGGAAUUAAGCCCUACAGAACGAAGGGACUUUGCAAAUGUCACUGUUGAUUUGAUGUCUGAGAUUGCAAAUGCUUGUGAGGAGUGGGCUUUGAAAAGUCAAACAGCUGCUCUUGUUGCUGAGAUAGUUAGAAGAGAAGGCUUAGUUUUAUGGCAAGAACUGCGGGAGCCUCUAUUUUCUCUGUCCAGCAAGGGUCCUGCACAAGCUGAGUUGGUUUCGAUGAUGCUGAGGUGGCUUCCUGAAGAUAUUACAGUUCACAAUGAAGAUUUGGAAGGUGAUAGGCGUAGGCUCUUAUUGCGAGGACUUACUCAAUCUUUGCCUGAGAUUUUGCCUUUAUUGUACACUUUACUAGAUAGGCACUAUGCAGCUGCAUGGAGUGAAGCAGCUAAUCAACACGUUGACAUUGUAAAACAGCAUGUAGCCGCAGUGACAGCUACUUUAAAUGCUGUGAAUGCAUAUGCUGAAUGGGCUCCCUUGCCUGAUCUUGCUAAAUAUGGCAUAAUUCAUGGGUGUGGUUGCUUACUUUCUUCUCCUGAAUUUCGUCUUCAUGCUUGUGAGUUUUUCAAACUUGUCUCGCCAAGGAAGAGACCUAUUGAUGUCUCUGCCUCUGAAUUUGAUUCGGCAAUGAGUAAUAUCUUUCAGAUCUUGAUGAAAGUCUCUGGAGAUUUUUUGGACAGAUCAAGCUCUAAUGCUGGAUCUAUUGAUGAAAGUGAAUUUGAGUUUGCGGAAUAUAUAUGUGAGAGUAUGGUGUCUUUGGGUUCUUCAAACUUGCAGUGUAUAGCUAGUGAUAGCGCCCUUCUUCCUCUUUAUUUACAACAGAUGUUGGGGUUUUUUCAACACGUUAAGCUAGGUCUUCAUUAUCACUCCCUGCUCUUUUGGCUGGCACUAAUGAGAGACUUAAUGUCAAAGCCGAAGGUUGUUGCACAUUCAACUGGAGGCAGUUCAGCUGUGAAUAGUCUGAGCACUGGUUCUGGGCAGGUUGAUUAUGAAAAGAGAAAGAUCUUAAGUUUUGUGAAUGAUGAUAUUUGUAGUGCAAUUCUGGAUAUAUCUUUCCAGCGCACGCUAAAGAGAGAAAAGGUUCCUCCUGGAACAGCAUUUCCGCUGGGGGCAUUGGAGUUGUGGAGUGAUGAUUUUGAGGGCAGGGGUGAUUUCGGCCAAUAUCGUUCAAGGCUGUUGGAGUUGGUCAGGUUUGUUGCUUCUUACAAGCCCCUCAUAGCUGGUGCUAAAGUUUCUGAAAGAUCUAUUGCAAUCAUCAAACACCUCUUGCUUUCUCAAAUGCCUGCUCAGGACUUACCUGUGAUGGAAAGUAUGCAAUUGGCUCUAGAAAAUAUUGUGAAUGCCAUUUUUGAUGGAUCAAAUGAAUUUGGAGGGGGUAGUUCUGAAGUUCAGCUUGCACUGUGUAGAAUAUUCGAAGGUUUACUCCAGCAACUGCUUUCUUUGAAAUGGACCGAGCCAGCACUUGUGGAAGUACUCGGGCACUAUUUAGAUGCAUUGGGUCCCUUUCUGAAGCAUUUUCCUGCUGCAGUUGGUAGUGUCAUCAAUAAGCUAUUUGAGCUCCUAAACUCACUUCCUUUCGUUGUUAAGGAUCCUUCUACAAGUAGUGCACGGUAUGCGAGGUUGCAGAUUUGUACAUCAUUUAUUCGAAUAGCCAAAGCUGCUGACAAAAGUAUUCUGCCUCACAUGAAGGAUAUAGCAGACACCAUGGCGCAUAUGCAAAGAGAAGGUUGUUUGCUCCGUGGUGAACAUAAUAUUCUUGGGGAAGCAUUUCUUGUAAUGGCUUCUACUGCUGGGAUUCAGCAGCAGCAAGAAGUUUUGGCAUGGUUACUAAAUCCGUUGAGCCAACAGUGGACACAACUUGAGUGGCAAAAUAAUUAUUUGUCUGAACCACUAGGUAUGGUUCGCCUGUGCUCUGAGACAACAACUAUGUGGUCAAUUUUCCACACCGUGACAUUCUUUGAGAAGGCACUUAAGAGGAGUGGACUGAGAAAAACGUAUUCAAAUUUACAAAACAACUUGACAUCUAGCUCUAAUCCUUUACACCCAAUGGCUUCUCAUCUGUCAUGGAUGCUGCCUCCUCUUUUAAAACUUCUUCGUGCUGUACAUUCCCUUUGGUCUCCAUCCAUAUCUCAAAUGUUACCUGGAGAGAUUAAAGCUGCAAUGAGCAUGACUGAUGCUGAGCAAUUCAGUCUCCUUGGGGAAGGGAAUCCUAAAUUGUCAAAGGGUGCAUUAAUUUUCACAGAUGGAUCUCAUGCUGACAUGGGUAAGGAAGGAUAUGCAGAGCCAAAUGGGUCCGAUGAUAUACGAAAUUGGUUGAAAGGUAUCAGAGACAGUGGGUACAAUGUAUUGGGCUUGUCAACAACCAUUGGAGAUUCAUUUUUCAGAGGUUCGGAUCUACAUUCUGUUGAGCUAGCCCUAGUGGAGAAUAUACAGUCAAUGGAGUUCAGGCAUAUAAGGCAGCUUGUUCAUUCAGUUUUGAUUCCUUUGGUUAAAUUUUGCCCUUCUGACUUGUGGGAUGUCUGGCUGGAAAAGAUCCUGCAUCCAUUAUUUAACCACUCUCAGCAGGCUCUAAACUUCUCAUGGUCCAGUCUUCUACGUGAAGGUAGAGCAAAGGUUCCAGAUGUCCGUGGCAUACUUGCUGGGUCAGACUUAAAAGUGGAAGUAAUGGAAGAAAAGCUACUUCGAGAUCUAACUCGUGAAAUAUGUUCACUCCUUUCCGCCAUAGCUUGGCCACCUCUAAAUACUGGCCUUCCUUCUCUAGAACAGUCUGGGCAUGCAAGCCGUGUCGAUAUGUCUUCUCUUAAAGAUUUAGAUGCUUUCAGGUUGAGCUCUAUGGUUGGUUUCCUUUGGACACACAAAGGUCUAGCCCUUCCAGCCUUAAAGAUAUGUCUAGAAGCUUUCACAUGGACUGAUGGUGAAGCUGUGACAAAAGUUUCUUCAUUUUCUGCUGCUUUGGUUGUCCUAGCCAUAUCAACCAAUAAUGAGGAACUUCAAGCAUUUGUUUCUAGAGAUCUGUUUUCUGCAAUUAUCCGAGGGUUGGCCCUUGAGUCUAAUGCUAUUAUCAGUGCAGAUCUGGUUGGUCUCUGUCGUGAAAUAUUCAUUUAUCUCUGUGAUAGAGAUCCUGCUCCUAGGGAGGUGUUGCUCUCGCUCCCUUAUAUCAAACCCCAUGAUUUGGCUGCUUUUGAAGAAGCUUUAACAAAGACAUCUAGUCCUAAGGAGCAGAAGCAGCAUAUGAAGAGCCUGCUUUUAUUAGCUACUGGAAACAAGUUGAAAGCACUUGCUGCUCAGAAAAGUGUAAAUGUUAUUACAAAUGUUUCAACAAGGCCUCGCAAUUUGGUAAAUGCUCCAGAAUCCAGAUCUGAUGAUGGGGAAGUUGUGGGAUUGGCAGCAAUCUUGUGAUCAUGGCAGAUUUCUUGUACAGAUUUGAGUUUUACUUUAAAAGUGGGGAUAUCUUCUCACAAAUAUAUAUAUUUUUUGAUGACAUAGAACCUCAACAAGGUAGGGCCCUUUGAACUCAUCCCUGCGGAGUAAACCACGGAUACAACGAAGGUUAAGGUAUAUUUUUUCUCAAAUAUACCAUGGUCUAAGGCACAUUUUUCUCGCCGAAGGUCAACAGCAAACCAGUUCACCCUCCGAGAACCUCGAAUAUAGAAGAUUUUGACUGGGGGUACAAAAGUUCCAUGGCAUUCCAUUAUUUAUAUGCGUGUAUUGCCAUGGGAGUGAGGCUUUUCAAAUUGAUAUAUACUUCAUUUAUAUUUUAUCUUUCUUUUCUAGAUUUAAACCACACUUACAGACUGUCAGCCUAUGAUUAAACUAUUCCUUACCCUAGUAGCUUCUUUUUUUUGAUGAACACCCUAGUAGCUUCUUAUGUUUGAAAUAGAGAAUCCUGGUCAUGUUUCAAGGCAUAUAUAGACUUCCAGAAGCUUACUGAAUGCUAUUUUGUUCAAAUGCUUUGAGCACCUUUUCAUCUACA